AUGCUGUCGAGAAAAGAUUUCAAUCUGUUGUCGUUAUGGUUAAUAUACACCAUAAGCUUCAUUUCAUUCACUGGGGUCCAUGUAGGAGGUGGGCCAUCAGAAUCUGCUUCUCUCAUCGAUUUCAUUCGAGCGGUCGAUCCUGGAAACUCAUUGGGAAUUAGCUCAAAUGGGUUUACGUCCAAUCGCUGCUUCGACCGUCCGAUGAUCUUCAAAUGCAAUUCAGAUAUCCAUAGCAUAACGGAGAUCAGGCUUGAAAAUUUGAAUCUCAGCGGUUGGAUCAACGCGGAUUCGCUGUGCAAGCUUCCAUCACUGCAAGUCCUUAGCUUAGCGAAGAAUCACAUCAUAGGAAGUAUUCCUGAUUCGAUAUCCAACUGCACGAGCUUGACCCACCUGAAUCUGAGCAGUAAUUCAUUGCAUGGGCGGGUCCCAGCCUCUCUAACCAACUUGAAGAAUCUCAGAAGCUUGGACAUAUCAAACAAUAGCUUGUUUGGGCCUGUCCCGAAUUUUGAACCAGAUCUUGAGCUGGUCUACUCAAUUACAAUGGAAUCGAAUACAACCGACAAUGGAACACAUUCACCAAAACUGGACUGGGAGAUUUCACCUCAGCCUUCUUCAGAAGAUUCAAAUAGAAAGAGAGGAGGAAACCUGAGAUGGGUCUAUAACUACAGCCCACUGCUUCUUGUACUCAUGUGUUUUGUGCUCUUCGUGGCCGUCUCGAGAAACAGAGUACCGAAAUCAUCAGAGGAGAAGGAGAAAAAGGUCUUCCUCCAGGACUCUCCGAGUCCUAUCAAGAUUCUAACAUCUGAAGCGAAGGAAGAAACGGAAACAGAGAACGAACAGUCGGAGCUUGUUUUCUUCGUCAACGAGCACGAGCGAUUCAAGCUAGAAGAGCUUCUUGGCUCUCCAGCAGAUUUACAGGGGCAGAGCUUUUACAGCACCCUUUACAAGGUGACGUUGAAAAACAACGACAGCUUUGCUGUCAAGAGAUUGAAGAAAUUGCAGGUCUCGAUGGAAGCAUUCCGGCAAAUGAUGAGGUGGGUGGGGAGCCUGAAGCAUCCAAACCUCAUACAGCUCGUCGCAUACCAUUCUUCAAAUGAAGACAAGCUUCUGAUCUACAGAUUUCAGAGGAACAAAAGCCUAUUAUACCUGCUCGAAAAUUAUGCAGACGGCAAGAGAGAUUUUCCUUGGCGGCACCGGCUAUCUAUCGCGAACGGGAUCGCAAGGGGAUUGGACUACAUAUAUAGAAAGUCAGUAGAUGAACAUGUCCCACAUGGGAACCUCAAGCUUUCUAAUAUCUUAUUAAAUGAGAAUGAAGAACCUUUGAUCAGCGAAUAUGGAUUCCAAAGAUAUAUAGAUCCGAAGAGAGCGGUGCUCUAUGCUUCGAACGGGUACAAAGCCCCUGAGAAGAGCUUAACAGAGAAGGCCGACGUAUACAGUUUCGGUGUAAUUCUUCUCGAGUUACUGACGGGAAAGACGAUAGAGAGGACUGGCUUGGAUCUUCCAAAAUGGGUCAGGUCCAAGGUAAGGGAGGAAUGGACGGGAGAGGUUUUCGACAGGGAGGUGAACAGAGUGGGAAACCAGUGGGCCUUCCCAUUGCUCAAUGUCUCUCUGAAAUGCGUGUCCCACUUGCCUGAGAAUCGACCGACCAUAGCAGAGGUCUUGGACAAGAUCGAAGAGGCCGUGAUUGGAGCGGAUGACUACUCUUUCUCGUCCGCCUCUUCUGUUGAAUCCACACAACGAGAUGGUUGUCUACUCCAAACAGUUAUACCCGAGGGAGGGGAAACUCCAGGUUCAGACCUUUAAAUGAUUGCAUAGCAUAAAGGAAUUAGAGGACAGUUGAUGAGAGGAACAGGGAUAGUAACCUUGGGUUUUCAGCUUGUAAAA